CGCGGCAGCCGGUUUGGUUUUUAAAUAAUUUGAAUUUUGGUGAUUUUAAUUGAAUAGUCAAGUUUUAAAUGAUUAAAAAUAUUAUUUUAUAUCUUUAUAGACCUUUUAUGACAAUAUGAGUGCUCUUACGAUAGACUUGUCCUAUGAAAGUGAUGAUUUAGACGAACUACCAGAAUUAAAUCUUGUUACGAAAAGACAGAGUCAAUCAGGGCCAUCUCAAUCUACUACUUCUGCAUCACAGAGCUCAACAAAAUCAGAUAAACCAACAUCACAAAAAAGAAAAGGUGUUAAGAGAAAAGCGACAGAUGGCCAAUCAGCAAAACAAGCACAGAAAAUAUAUAGACCUGGAGAAUGUAUGAAGCACAUGCUCCUAGAAAUGCACCCGAACCUUCUAGAAGCUUGGUACUGUGCAGAUGUAUCUCGCGAGAUAUCCGCCACGGGGGCGAAAGUUCGUACCAACGCUGCACUGUGUGAUGUUAGACUUGUGUUGUGGAGUAGAGUCGGGGAAGCUAAGCUAGCUAGUACGGAGGGAGUGGUGGGUCUAACAACAACAAAAGAGCCUUGUAACCAUGGUCUUUACGUAACUCCUCUACAAGAAAUAGAAGACCAUAUAAUAGGAAAAACGCUUUCUCAGCAUAUGCUGUCCGCUGCUGGGUUCGCUGGCUGCAAGCUGACUCUUGUGCUGUUUAAUGUUAAAGAUUAUUUUAAAAACAAAGGACGUAAAACGAACAACAGUAACAAGAAAAUUAUAGAACCUAUUCAUUUAGAAAUGGCUCUUACUGAUCUACUAGUAACAGCUAACUGUGACACAAUAACUGUGAACACUCCAAACGAACUUGCUCUAACAUUGGUACAAUUCACUAAGGCUAUAGCGGAAGCACCUUAUAAGAAAGCAAAACGAGCAUAUGAUGAACAAGCAGAUUUCUACAUGAGAGGAGAUAAUAAGAAAUGCGUGGCCGUUUCUAAACAAGGUGACGGUGUAGGCGCGUUAUGGCAACAAAUGUUAGCAGUGUUGCCAAUGUCUAGUCUAGAAACUGCGAGAGCGAUCUGCGGGAAAUACAAAACGCCAAAGGCUUUGUAUGAGGCUCAAAAACAAGCAAACAGUAUAAACACGCUAGCGGAUUUGGGUGUGUCUAGAUCAGCUGUCCCCGGGUCUAAAGCAAGACGAGUUGGCAAUGAGUUUGCGAGGAAAUUACAAAUUUUGUUCACAGCUGACGACGGGAAUGUGUUGGUUGAGUGAUGGCAACAUUAUAGACUAAGGGCGGCCGUACACGGACCGCUUCAAGCAGUUUAGGCCGAUGACUUGAAGCCGCGACCGCGCGGUGAACUAAAGACAUUCAUUCACUGCCCU